UAUUUUCCCAACCUACCCCUACUUCUUCACACUUCACUGCUUCAUCGUACAUCCUCCAUAGCAGAACCACCAAAACCCUAAACCCCAAAAUGCGAGUCUUCGCUUGUCGAGCCUCCAACUUCUUCAAGCGCAAUCUCGAUAAUUUCCCGUACAACCCUAAUUUCAAUUUCUUCCGAGAAUUCGCGCAAUCCACCGCAAUCCCCAAAAAGCAACUUAGGGUUCGUGACCAUGGCUACGACAACUACAUGGAAGUGGAGAAGAAAACGCGCAAGGUCCUCAAAUUUCAGAGCAUCAUCCUCCCCGAGCCCACCCAAUCGCUCCCAAUCUCGCGCCUCGAAACCCUUGUGCGCCGCUUCGGUUUCACGCGCCACGAGGCUGGUGCGUUCGUCCUCAAGUUCCCGCACGUCUUCGAAAUCUUUGAGCACCCCGUCCAGCGCAUUCUCUUCUGCCGCCUCACCCGCAAAGCCAUUCUCCAGAUCCAGCAGGAGCGCCAAGCGCUCGCGGAGCAGAUUCCACGCGCCGUCACUCGGCUUCGGAAGCUUCUGCUGAUGACGAACGAAGGCAGGCUCCGCCUCGAGCACGUGCGCAUCGCACGCUCCGCCUUCGGGCUUCCCGACGACUUCGAAAACUCGGUGGUUCUGAGGUACCCUCAGUUUUUCCGUUUGAUUGAUGCAAAGGAAACUAGGAUGAAGUACAUUGAGGUUGUGGAUCGGGACCCUAGGUUAGCAACUUGCGCGAUUGAGGAGGUUAGGGAGAGGGAGUAUAGACAGAGAGGUGGUGAUGCUGAGGAUAUUAGGUUUUCUUUUAUCAUUGAUUUUCCACCUGGUUUUAAGAUAGGUAAGUAUUUUAGGAUUGCAAUGUGGAAGUGGCAGAGGCUUCCUUAUUGGUCCCCAUAUGAGAAUGUUUGUGGGUAUGAUUUGAGGUCCAUUGAGGCCCAGAAGAGGAUGGAGAAGAGAGCUGUUGCCACCAUUCAUGAAUUGUUGUCGUUGACUGUGGAGAAGAAGAUUACAUUGGAGCGGAUCGCACAUUUCCGGAUGGCGAUGAACCUGCCCAAGAGGUUGAAGGAUUUCCUGCUCCAGCACCAAGGUAUUUUCUAUGUCUCCACCAGGGGGAAUCAGGGGAAGCUUCACACUGUAUUCCUUAGGGAAGCGUAUAGGAAAGGCGAGCUGAUUGAGCCGAAUGAGUUGUAUUUGGCACGGAGGAAGCUAGCUGAGCUUGUGCUCUUGAGUCCACGGAAAGCCAAGGUUGAUAAGGAGUUGGUUGGGUACAGGAGAAGCAGGUUAGAGGACGAAAUGGGGCAGGUAACGAGGACGUAUGUGGAGGAUGCUUGUGAAGAUUUUAAGGGGGAAGAUGGUGUGGGGCUGGAUAAGGAUGCAGAGGAUGAUUUGACGUCAGAUAUAGGUUCUGAUGUUGAUUUGGGAGAUGAGGGUAAUGAUUUUGUGGAUAGUGCAUCACUGCAAAGGACAUCAUAGCUGAGUAUUUGGGAACCUAUUUGACCUACAUUUCCUUCAAUUUUGCAAUUGAGAAAAAUCUCUUCAUACAGUUCUGAAUUCUUAAAUUUUGAAUUCUAACUUCCGAAAUUUUGGAGUAAUAGAAAAUGAGGAGUUAAGAUUCUUGUUUUUUCUGCAUCUUAACUGAAGUAAUAUGAUUUGUGGUGAUUAACCCAGCUUGAUCUAUAGUGAUUUAGUCCGACCUACUGGUAUUAUGAAAAGUGUGGACUCUCCUGUAAUGAAGGAGGGGAGCAAUACUGGUCCUAUGUGAAACUGGCUCUUUCUGAAGGUUUUAUUGAGGUCGGGAUUUGAUGCGACUGAGAUCUUCAGCCGAGCUCUUCCUGGAGGUUGGAUUGAAUUGUCUUAUUUAUGGAGAGGAAUUGGCCUUGGAGGUAGAGAGAAGGUAUCCAUGUCAUCAUCAACUCACCUUUCACAGUAUAUACCUGUACAUAUAGAUUUUCUUUUAUAGGUGGAAACACCAAUAAAUCAAAGAAAUAACAGCUUUAACCUUGAGACAUCAUGUUAGAAAAUCAAGUGCCCCACUCUGAUGGAUGUUCAAUGAGGCGUGUAGCAACUCAUCUGCAUUUGGAUAAAUACCAGUCAUUUACAGUACCUUCUGAAUUUUGGUAUUAAUUUUACUACUUCUAGGCAGAGGUGUAUUCAAGAAGAGGUGUAUUCAAGAAGCUGACAAUGGAUAGCUGUGGUGUACUUAACGAAUGGUCUGCACUAUAUUUGUUUUGCAGGAUUCACCAAAACAAAAUCUUCUAGUUUCCUGCGGUGAAAUAGAAGAUCAAACCAAAAAAUUCCAUAACUACCAAGUUCCUCAAACAGAUUUAUAAACCCAAACCAUUUUUUUCAUAAAACAAAUUCUUUGACCAGUUGGUUAGCCAGUUUAUAUUGUAAUCACAAAUGAGUUUGAAAUUGAAACUUAGCCAUCAAAUCUAUGCAUGAGCUCUAGCCUUUACAUCUCUUCAUGUCUGUGUUGACUGGCUGUUCCUAAGAAUGACAAUCCCCAACCCAUAUCAAACAUCUGUCAUAGGAUAUAGGAGAUCGUUGAAGAGGGAAGGAAAAUCUUUAACGGUCCUCUUUUCAAAUCCUUCCUCAAUCACAAGGGAAGUUUCUUUGAGUUGUUCUCUCUCUCUCUCUCUCUCUCUCUCUCUCUCUCUCAGCAGAAUUCAUCAUAAAUAAGAUCGUCCCCGAUAAAACUUGUAUAGUUAAGACUGUAAUGUAACCAUAUUCUCUCUCUGGUUUAUCACUGAAACCAAAUCCUAUCCAGCUGCGUGCCAGUCAAAUGUUUAAGAAAAUUAAUAUAUUAGUAAGUAAAAAACAGAUGUACACCAAAUAAGACUGAAUUAAAUUCUAACACUAGGAAGGCUUUCAUUUCAAUUGAUUUAAAAUGUCUAGUCUCAUUGUCUGAAAGUAGUCGAGGUUUAUGGAAGUCUGUGGUUUGAUUCUCUUUCAAUAUUGUGCUUAAUAUUGCAUUAUACGAACUGUGUUGAUUAUUGUUUCUUCUACUGCCUAUAAUCUACCACAAGUGCGAUAUUCUAAACUUUACGUGCUGCUUUGAGUUCAUAGAACACUAAGACUCCGGAGGAUGAUGACAAGUGCUAACGUAAAGAAAGUUAUAAAUGAGAAAUUUCUAUCACCAUUUUUUCCCCUGUUAGGAUCUCUACAAAUAUUGUGGUCCAUGUUUGUCUCCGUAUGAUUGACCGCAAAUUAAACCUAUUCUUCUCUGUUAGGUACUUUCAUUCAGGGAAGAGUUCGAGAUCCCUGUUGUGAAAGGUGUUUGGUAUACGGAUGCUGAAUUAAAUAUUUUUGGAUUGUUGGUGUUGGUUCAGUACAUUUUUUGCCAGUUACUUGGUUUAAUCAUUGCUUGCUGAAAUUCACACCGCGAAUUCACCUUUACAUCUAAGGCAUCCGAUGUAGAUUAUGGAGAUUUGGCCGAGUCCACUUCUCGUAUUAAAUUUCCAGGAGUGGUCCCCCAUUUGGUGUUUAUGAGGAUUAUUCAGACUAAGGCUUUCAAGAUCUAGGAUGUUGUUUGUCUGACAAUGCUAGGACGCAGUUCUGAGACGUGCAGUUUAAACCAAUGCAGAACAGGUUUUAAACCGAUUUUAAACCGGUUCGCAUCUUUUUCUUGUUCUAAUUUAGAUUCAAUCACUUAGUAUAUUCUCUGAACUAGUUCUCACUAACACCAAACCAGUUUGUCUGAAAUAAAACUUGUUGGGUUCUCUAGUCGAAAA